GCGGCCAGUAUUUUGUUUGUAUUGUCAUUUAAUUCCAACCUCACUUUAUUUGAAACUAAACAAAGAUAGUGAUUUCCAUAAAUCGGUCUACUUACUAAUUUGUACCUACUUAAUUAAUAUUUUCUGUGCAUCUAUCAGUUUCAUUUUCGUCUUUAUGUUGUAUUUAAAGAGAGACAAUUUGGUUUCUUAACAUUCUGGAAUCAUGAUGUCCGAUGAUUACCAAUGGCAUUUCGAUUACACGCGUUUGGUUCGCGAUACCGGAUUCACCUUUCAAAUUGCUCACUCAAAACCUUCCAUUACGAACGACCUCGCACACAUCGAUAUAGAGAACGUUAUCCGACAUCAGGAUAUUGAAUUGAUCGAUCGAAACAUUAAUGCAGUUCUGGAGUUUCAUUUAGACACUUCUUCUUUGGAUCCUAACGUAGUUAAGAUUUUUUCUAUUAGUCAGUUAGCUGUGCAAUAUCUACUCUUUUGCAAAAAGUACUUGGAUAAUACUGUGGCAUAUUUAAAAAAGGAGGUUGCAGCAGCAAAAUUGCACAUCAACAGCUUGCAUAGCUAUGCCGAACAGCUUCAACACGAAGCGAUAACUGCUAAGAAUGAGAUUAAGCAACUGCAAACGACCUUAAAUUGCCAAACUGCUUGUACACAAAAUGUCCCACUAUUUCCUUGUAAUCAAUGCUCCAAGGCAUUUUCGUCAGAGGAAUAUCUUGUGGCACAUGUACAGAGACGCCACGAGAAUGUGGUAAAAAGUACCUCAUUUCAACUCGAAACUGAUAAACUUCAAUUGGAGAUAAAGGCCUUGAAGGAGCGUUUAAAUAACACCGAGAAAUACAUUCACAGUGACGAUGAUCGAGUUACAAGCAUUCCUAAAGUUGCUACUCCAGAAAAUUCAAUUUUAUCAGAGCUACAGCAUAAAUUUGAGCUAUUAAAGGUGCAUGUGGACAACGAGUUACGCAUACUACAAACUCAGAAGUUCGAUCAGGAUAAGUACGAGCAGUGGUUUGAGACGUUUUUGAAUAAGUUGAAUAGUGAGAAGCGUACACAGUGCACUGGUACAGGUGAUUUGCCAAUUUCUACUGCGUGUCAGACGAAGGAAGACAGAAUUGAUGUGGUUUUGCCUAAGAAGGUCACAGUUAGCCAUGAUGGUACUACACAAACUGAUAUUGUGAGCAUUGCAGAGGGAGUCUGUAGCAAUUGCGAACAGUGCUCUGUGCAUCAGUCUCCACAGUAUCAAAAUGGGUACUUUGGUGAUAGAGAAUUGCAGCCUCACUUUGAAAAAUUGGGAGAAAUGAUUCAAGAAUGUGUAACAGGAAGUAUGGAAAAAAUAGAAAAUCAGGUGCAAACCUUCUGUGAUAAAUUGAAGUUUUCGGCAAUGACAAAUGAUAAAGAUAUUUCCCGACCAUCUUCCAUUACUGCUGUCAUCCAUAAGGAAGAUAAAUUGACCGGAAUCCAUGAUGGAUGUGAAUCUCAGCGGUCACUAGUUCCAAACGAUUUACAAUCUAAAAUUGUCCCAUCAGAUAUGAAUGUGCGCGAAAUCUCAGCUCAUGGUAACUAUCCCAAAGACAAUGAGACCGAGAUUAAAGUUGUUCCCAAACCAAGAAAAAAGUGGAAUACUAGCACUCCCAUGACGCCAGAAGCCGUUCCAAUAGCUGUAAAAUCACCCAAUGAAAAUUUCAGUAAUGCUGAGAAUACAACCCCUGAUAACCCAAUGUCAGACAGUGGUGGUGACACCGUUGACAGCAUUCAGAAUGUUACAGUUGCACCGAUUGACCCGAUUGUCGAAACAAAAGUAUUCGAUUCCAUUAGUGAUACUAGUGAAAGUGAGGAUAGAAUCGGGAACGAGGAGGGUGGAACUGAUGAUACCAUCGAAACUGAUCAAAGCAAUGACCCAGUGUUUCAAACAAAACGCUCUAUUCUACCCACGUUAGAUAAAAGAAGUCCCAAAAAGGUUGCUCUUACACCGGCAGUUCUGGGCAGUGUUAAAAAAGAAGUGGAAAGUCUACUAGACAAACAGCUAACACAGUUGGGAGUUUCUCCAGAAUGGUCCUCGAUACCUAAACAAUCGUACGAAAGGGUCCUCAAAAUUGUUAUGCAUCAAAGCAAUCUGAUUAAAAAGAGGUAUCCGGGCUAUAAAAAAAUAAGCGAGGAUAUUUUAAAACAGGUCGAUAGUCAACUUUUGGAGCAGGAGAAGAAGAACGAAGUCAAACGACAAAAACCUAGCGCGAAAAUGUACGAGUCCGUAAGUGAUACCGAUACGGAUGACACUAUACGAAAUCGGAAAAAACUAGUCUGGGGGAAAGGAGGCGGCUUGAACCAAACCCAGAGGAAAUAUUAUAACGUCAUUCAGGAAUUCAACAAGAAGAAUAAACAAAGUUCGUCCCCAGAACUUAAUCUAAAGCCGCCAUAUAUCGUUGAUGACAAAAUGGAGCAAGCCAAAAGUGCUUUGAAAAAUUAUCCGUCAGUUGCUUCAUUGCAUAAGAAAAAGGUGAUUUUUAACUUGGCAACUUCUGAAGGGCCGCCAGCGGAUAAAGUGCAGUCCUUGAAAGUCAUCGAGGGGGGUGGUAGUACUAGUAGUAUCGGAAGUUCCGUGUUCGACUGUUCCAAAAGUAAUGUUGCUGAUAAGGCAAGUAAAAAGCAUGAGGCCUGGGAUGUUUCAGAAGAUGAUAUAAGUGAUAUUCUGAAGUGAGCAUUUGUCAUCUAAAUAAUAUCUAGUCAUUUUUGUCAUUCCGUCCCCUAGGUUAAUAGCAAAUACAUAUUUAUUUAGAA